GUCUGUCCUCCAGUUUGUCUUCUUGCAAAGUUUCUCCUCCUGUAACUUGACACGGCGCUGCCACGUUUCCAGAAGUGUCUCGGUUUAUAAUAACGGUGUGUUUUUAUAAUAUUGUAGUGUGUUGUCUGUCGCUGUGUGGACUCUUUUUCACGCAGUCUGACCUCGAGUCUGCCAAAGAAACAAGAGCGGAACUUUUCCUCUACAAACUUGAUUUUAACUGCAAAAAGGAUCAGAAGAUGAAUCGAUCAGCAGAUGUGCUCUAAGAAACCACAUCGGAUGUGCAAGGCCAAACUGAAAUGUGCUGAUAACAGGACAUAAGCAAUGGGUUCCACCAUCUUACUCUUGGCCAGUGCAGUGUCCAGUCUGGGUGGCCUGAUCUUUGGCUAUGAGCUAGGAGUCAUCUCAGGUGCGCUGCUGCAGCUCAGGGUUGAGUUCAGGCUGUCAUGUGUCCAGCAGGAGGGUCUGGUCAGCUCCUUGCUGAUUGGAGCUCUGGUGGCUUCCUUCGUGGGAGGCUUUCUGAUUGACAGACACGGCCCCAGGAACUCCAUCCUUUUGAGCAAUGUCCUGAUCCUGACUGGCAGUCUCAUCCUGAUUAGCACUUCCUUCAUGGCACUGGUUGUGGGUAGGAUCACAGUGGGCUUCGCCAUGUGCAUAUCAUCCAUGUCAUGCUGCAUCUUUGUGUCUGAAAUGGUCACCCCUGACCGCAGAGGCUUCUUGGUAACACUGUAUGAAGUUGGGAUCACUGUAGGCAUCCUGACAGCCUACGGCAUGAACUACAUUCUGUCUGAGUACAACAGAGGGUGGAAGUGGAUGUUUGGAUUAGCCAUAAUACCGACUUUGGUUCAGCUGCUCUCCAUAUGGUUUCUCACAUGGAAAACGAAACAUUCUUUAAUCCAGAGGGACUGCUCGCAAACUGAAUGUGACCUCAUGACUUCCACUGAAAACCAUGAAGAAGACUUAGAAGUCACCUCAAGCAGGAAAAAGGAGAAGAUUCAAUACAGCAUUAUGUAUCUUUUCCAGCAUAAAGACAACAUGAGGAAACGGACUCUGAUUGGACUGGCUUUAGUGAUCUUUCAGCAGUUCACAGGUCAGCCCAAUAUUCUCUUCUAUUCCUCCACCAUCUUUCAUUCCGUGGGGUUCCAGAGCAACACCUCUGCAGUGUUGGCAUCCGUGGGCUUAGGUGUGGUGAAAGUGAUUGCUACUCUGAUCUCCAUGGUAUUUUCUGACAGGGUGGGAAGGAGACCCUUGCUCAUCAGUGGCUGUACUGUUAUGGCACUGUGUCUGAUCACCAUCGGACUUCUUAGUGGACAUUCUUUGACAAAUGCCAAGAGGCCUUGUAAUUCUGAGUACAACAUCAACAACAAGACGAUCAUACCUCAUUUAACUCUUAAUAAUCAAACAGUUCCUGGUGUGCCAGGUAAAGACAGCCAGAACCUCUUCAAUAUCACUCAACAUGGAGAUGUGGUAUUUGACAAAGUUAAACAAGGUCCACUGGAAAGUGCUGCAGCAUCUUCUCAAGGAACCAGUGGAACGGUUGGGAACUGGAUCGUUGUCCUUUGUUUGAUGGCUGUUGUCAGUGCGUACUCUAUUGGAUUUGGACCAAUGACGUGGCUUCUCCUGAGUGAGAUAUUUCCAGCUGCUGUCAGAGGAAGGGCAUUCGCAUUCACCAGCUGCUUCAACUGGGCCGCCCACCUGUUGGUCUCCUGUACUUUUUUGAAUAUUAUCGAUGCGAUUGGUCUGUCAGGGAUGUUCCUGUUGUACGGGGUGAUCGCUGUAGCAGCUGGAGUUUUUUUCUGCUUCAUGCUACCAGAGACAAAAGGGAAGACGCUGGAACAAAUAGACAAAGAGCUGCGUUCAAACAGGUUGUACUACAGUGAGGACUGCUGCAGCAUCAUCAGCCGGAGGACGUCAACACGAUACCAGAGAGUGGCUCGUCAGCUCAGCACCACAUAACGCUCACAUCGCAUUCUAUUUU